AUGAAGGACUUGAAGGAAAAUGAUAAUUUCUGGACAGAACAAAGAAAGAGGAGGCGGUCCAGGAAAGAAAGUUACUCCAUCUACAUCUACAAAGUGAUGAAGCAGGUUCACCCCGACACCGGCAUCUCCUCCAAGGCCAUGAGCAUCAUGAACUCGUUCGUCAGCGAUAUUUUCGAGCGCAUCGCGGGGGAGGCUUCCCGCCUGGCCCAUUACAACAAGCGCAGCACCAUCAGCUCCCGGGAGAUCCAGACCGCCGUGCGGCUGCUGCUGCCCGGGGAGCUGGCCAAGCACGCCGUGUCGGAGGGUACAAAGGCGGUGACCAAGUACACCAGCUCCAAGUGAAGAACUGCAUUGCACUGAGA